CUUCAAUUAUAUCUGAUAACCAAGAUUAUUUCAAACCAUAUAUUCAUAGCACCGAGUGCCGAACUUGGCACGUUCUCAAAAUUGGGAAGCUACUGAACUGCUCCGUUGCCCCGGAGAAUCAUGCCAUGACGCUCGGGCAACAACGCCUACUCAAUAUCCUGGAAAGAUGCACGUAUUCGGCUUACGAAUCGAUAACCGGCAUUUAAGGAGUUGAGCACGAUUAUGGCUUGCUCCCGUGUAUUCCUUCUGCAAACUGCAGAGGGGCACCUGAGUCUGGCUUAUCAGCGAUCUGCGAGGGGUUGACCCCACACAUCUCCAAUUCUCCAACGACCGUCGAUCUACAUCAUACCUCUUAUCUUAGGCUCCCAGUUAACAAGCGGGCACCGAUGAUAGCUUGAGCUGUCCCUUAAGAUAAAAGAGAAUCCCGACCCGCCAGAGCCCCUCAUUUUUCAUCAGUUGCCUGAAAUGGAAUCCCUAAAGACAUUAUUAGUCGCCAAUCGUGGCGAAAUCGCUGUUAGAAUAUUGAAGACAGCCAAGAAACUAAAUAUUCGAACAAUAGUGGUUUAUACUGAACCAGAUGCUGCUUCCACCCAUGUUCACCUGGCAGACGAAGCCGUCCUCCUAACUGGCACACCAUCCAAGGCGUACAUAGAUGGAGAACAAAUAAUCCAAAUCGCUAAGCGAAACAAUGCGGACGCCAUCAUACCGGGAUACGGAUUCUUGUCUGAAAAUGCGGACUUUGCAAGAGCCGUUGCUAGCUCUGGGAUAGCUUUCGUCGGUCCCUCGCCGGAGAGCAUUGAGGCUUUUGGGCUAAAACAUACUGCCCGAGACCUUGCGACCAAAGCUGGUGUUCCCAUCGUGCCUGGCUCACAGGGACUGGUGAAAAGCGAGGACGAAGCUGUUGCAAUGGCGAAAGAACUAGGAUUUCCGGUUAUGCUGAAAGCUACAGCUGGUGGAGGUGGAAUGGGCUUACUCACCUGCAAUACAGAGAAAGAAGUUCGAGAUUCGUUUCUCACUGUCAGAUCCAGAGGCGAGGCACUGUUCAAAAACGCUGGAAUUUUCAUCGAACGCUAUUAUCCAUCGAGCCACCAUAUCGAGGUCCAGGUGUUUGGCAAUGGUGAUGGUAAAGCUAUAUACAUUGGUGAACGUGAAUGUUCCAUACAGAGAAGACAUCAAAAGGUUAUAGAAGAAUGCCCAAGUCCGUUCGUUGCCAGAAACCCCGGGCUAAGAGAAAGGCUGGGCGACGCUGCUGUCCGUCUCGCGGAGUCGAUAAGAUAUGGCUCCGCUGGAACGAUUGAGUACCUCGUGGAUGACGCGACUGGGGCAUUUUUCUUCCUUGAGAUGAAUACGCGCCUGCAGGUUGAGCACGGGAUAACAGAGCUAUGCUAUGGGAUGGAUCUGGUGGAAUUGAUGUUGAAACAAGCAGACGCUCGGCUUUCAGGAAAGAACGGUGUUGACGCAGCGUAUCUUGCCAAUCUUCCAGUCCACGCACCGUCCGGUGCUGCCAUUGAAGCAAGAGUUUACGCUGAAAAUCCGGCCAAGGAUUUUACUCCUUGCCCUGGCACACUGCAGACUGUAGAGUGGAAAGAGCUGCCAGGGUCUAGAAUCGACACGUGGGUUUAUAGAGGUGUCAAAGUGUCGGCGAACUACGACCCACUGCUUGCGAAAGUCAUGUAUCACUCCCCAAGCAGAGAGCAAACCAUCGAGGGGAUGAGAACGAUAUUAACAGAGUCGCGGAUCUGUGGCCCUCCAACAAACCUGGAGUUCUUGGCUGAAGUCCUGGCGGAUGACAAGUUCGUUGCUGGCAAAACACUGACAAGGUUCCUGAAUGACUUCAAGUACCAACUAUCUGCCAUUGACGUCGUCUCUGGUGGUGCCUAUACGCUGAUCGAAGAUUGGCCCGGCCGUCCAACCUUGGGGAGGGGCUUUUGUCAUUCCGGCCCUAUGGAUCCAACGGCGUUCCGCAUUGCAAAUGUACUUGUUGGUAAUCCUGUUGGACUAGAGGCACUGGAGAUUACAUUGAGCGGACCAGAACUGCGAUUUUUGGGACCAGCCAUCAUUUCAUUAUGUGGUGCUCCAAUCGAAGCCAGACUUGAUGAUACACCCCUUCCGAUGUGGUCGAGGGUAAGGGUCUCAGCUGGCCAGCGUUUGAAGAUUGGUAAAACCACUGGGAAUGGCUGUCGAGCAUAUCUGGGUGUUUUUGGAGGCUUCUUGAAUGUUGCAGAGUGGUUUGGAUCCAAAUCCACCACUCCGGGGGUUGGAGUAGGAGGCUACCAGGGCAGACAGCUUGCUUCUGGUGAUCUCCUUUCAAUUACUUCACAGGUGCCAGAAGUCAGCGGCGACCUCCGACUACCGCAGCACCUUAUCCCUCAGUAUCCUAAUCACUGGGAAAUUAUGGCUAUGCCUGGGCCGUAUGACGAAGGAUACCUUGUCCCAGAUAGUAUCGAUAUGCUUUACAGUACAAACUGGAAGGUGUCCCACAACGCGGCUAGAGGAGGCAUUCGUCUUCUGGGCCCGAAGCCUACUUGGGCGCGCACAGACGGUGGGGAGGGUGGCGCGCAUCCUUCUAAUCUGAUCGAAUAUGGAUAUGCGAUAGGAUCGCUCAACUGGACCGGUGAUGAUCCGGUGAUAUUUCCCGUGGAUGCACCGGAUCUGGGAGGAUUCGUCAGUAGCCAUACGAUUUGCAAAGCCGAUCUAUGGAAGCUGGGCCAAGUGAAAGCGGGUGAUACUCUGAAGUAUCGGGCAACUUCUCUGGAGAAUGCGCUGUCUUCUCGCAGGGAAGUAGAGCGGUUUAUCGACGAGGUGGCCCAAGGCUGCCAUAAGAGUGAUUUCACUGGCAUUUCACCUGUUAGUAACGAUCUAGCUCCGGGGUUGACUGCAGAGAAUCGCGGGAGUGGUGUUGUCCACCAGAUCCAGGCGAGUGGGAGUCAACCUCUCGUCUCAUAUCGACAGGCCGGUGAUGACUACCUCUUGAUUGACUAUGGCACCAGAUCUUUUGAUUUGAACCAUCGCUGCAGAGUGACUGCUCUAAAAAAUGCCUUGACAGAAGGGACUGGUAGCAUUACCUUUUCCACUGGGUUGACUUCAAUGCUGGGAUGUGGAAACUCUUUGAUGCUCUACUAUGACGGAACGAAGAUCCCACAAAAGAAACUCCUAGCUUACCUUUGUGAUAUCGAGACAAAGCUCGGUGACCUCAGUCAAGCAAAAUUUCCCAGCCGGUUGUUCAAACUCCCGCUUUCCUUCGAGAGCCAAAGACAGAAAGAUGCACUCACGCGAUACAUGGAGACGCAGCGUCCCUACGCCUCCUACCUGCCCGACAACAUAGACUUCGUCGCCAAGAACAAUGCCUUUAGCAGAGAAGAAUUUGAAAGAAUCUACCUGACUGCCUCCUUUAUGGUCGUUGCGGUGGGGUUUUUCACUGCUCUGCCACUCUCAACCCCAGUCGACCCGCGCCAUCGAAUGAAUUGCCCAAAGAUGAACCCCAGCAGAGUCUACACACCCGCCGGCUCAGUGGCCUGGGGUGGCAGCUGCAUGUCACUGUACAACGUAGACUCCCCGGGCGGAUACCAAAUGACAGGCAUGACUAUCCCCGGCGUCGACAUUCUCGGCUCCAAGAAAGGCUACGAAGCCAACCGACCUUGGCUUUUCGAGGAUUUCGAUCAGAUCACAUUCUACCGCGUUUCAGAAGAAGAGUACGAAAAGCAGCUCGCCCUCUUCAACAGCGGGCGAUACGAAUACCAAUGGGAAGAAGUAGUCUUCGACAUGGCCGAACACAACAAACUCCUCCGCGAUACCAAAGACGAGGUCGCAGCAAUCCGAAGCAAGCAGCGACAAGCACAGGCAGAGAUGGACAAACUCGAGGCCGAGCUUCUUGAACGAUGGGCACGGGAGAAAGCAGAAAGAGGUAUCCCGAUGGACACGGUCGAAAAUUUACUGAAAGAUCCCGAAAUCACCCCCAUCGAAGCUCCCCUCAACGCCAACAUCUGGAAAGUGGAAGUCAAGGAAGGCGACAAGCUAGAUCCCGACCACCUAGUCGUCAUACUGGAAGCCAUGAAACUAGAAAUUGCCCUACGCACCGAGUCCCUCACUGCUGGUUCUACCGUGGAGAAGAUCCUAGUCCAGCCGGGUGAUUCAAUUGAGGCAGGCAAACCUCUAAUUCUAGUGAGAGCACAGAAGUGAUGUCUCUCCUCUCGGAUAAUCUCUACACGUCGAUCUAUAUAGCCCUAAUAAACAGAGUCCAUACAUAAGCC